AUUUCUGUUUUCUUUUUCCCCAGUUUCAUGGUUUUCUCCAAAUGAAAAUAUCCUUAUUGUUAUUUUCCCAAUGUUGGCUGUACUUCUAUUCUGGGGACAGUUUGGUAUUGUGACACUUAAAUAUAAUGCCAGUGUUACGAAGGAGAGAACCAUUCUUUUAUUUGUGGCUGGACUAGUGCUCACUACAUUUGUCAUUGUUGGAGCCAUUCUCUUCGUCCCAGGUGAAUAUUCAACGAAGAGGGCCAGUGGACUUGGUUUAAUUGUAGUUCCUACAGUGAUAUUAAUAUUACUUCAGUACUCUGUGUUUAUGAUAGCUCCAGCUAUUGGGAUGUCCUCCUUCAGCAUCACCAUAUUGAUCCUUCAGGUGCUGGGCUUUGUGCUCUCUGUGGUCGGACUAAGCCUCUGUGUCUCAGAGUGCACCCCAAUGCAUGGUCCUCUUCUGAUUUCAGGAUUGGGUAUUAUAGCUUUAGCGGAAUUACUUGGAUUAGUUUAUAUGAAAUUUGUGGCUUCCAAUCAGAGGGCUAUACAGCCUCCUAGGAAAGCUGUAGAGGAACCCCUUAAUGCAUUUAAAGAAUCAAAAGGAAUGAUGAAUGAUGAGUAACUGAAUUGAAGUGAUGGACUCUGACUUGCAGAGUAGUAAGAUGUGAAAGGAAUGCACUUAUGUUUAAGGACCCUGACCUUGACUCACUCACUGUUCAAGAGAAGAAAACAAGAAAAGUGACUCUCGUCUAUAAGAGAAAGUAAAUCAUUGACUUUUAAAUGGUUAUUGCAGUUAAGUUUUUAUUCAAAGCAUUUGUGAUUUAGCUAAUAAAAGAAUUAUAAUCUGUG